AAUUUCCAUUUCUCAAGUCCUCGUUCUUGCUUUUUUGCUUUUGCUUUUGGGUUUUUAUUUAGAGCACUUGUUCCAGCUGCGUAGAUACAGAGAGAGAGAGAGAGAGAGAGAGAGAGAGAGCUGUUGGUGACAAUUGGAGUGGCAGAGAGCCCAUUGAAGAAGAGGGUCCACGCAGCCAUUCGAUUUUUCACUUCCUGGGUUUUCUUCCUAAGCCGUCAGCUCCUCCCUCAUAGCGAUGAUCUCAGAGCGUUUAAUUUCUAUUUCCUGUCAAACUAUGAGCGUUUUGGGGAGGAGGAAUUCUUAUUUGGAACUUGUAUCAUGUCAAAAUUUCAAGAGAGAUACAGGAUGGGGAGACAUUAAAAAACAUUUGGUCUUUUGAUUUUCACUCACUUUGAUAUAUUGUCAAGAAACCAUAGCAGAUUCCGUGACAUGUUGUUGCAUAUCCUUUCAUUAUAGCUGGAAUUUGUCGCCAACUUAUCGAGUUUGAUCAAGGAUGGGACUAUAUCCAGAGUAUGCUGACAAAAAUAAAGAGGAUUUUAGAAGGAUUACCGGAGCCUCAGUUCAGCUCGGUAGAAUAUAUGAACGUUUACACAACUAUCUACAAUAUGUGUACCCAAAAGCCUCCUCAUAAUUAUUCUCAACAGCUAUAUGAUAAAUAUAAGGAGGCAUUGGAGGAAUAUGUAACCACAACGGUGUUGCCCUCUGUAAUAGAGAAACACGACGAAUUUAUGCUGUGGGAGCUUGUGAGAAGAUGGGCAAAUUAUAGAGUUAUGAUUAGGUGGUUGUCAAACUGUUUUAAUUUUCUUGAUCGCUUCUUCAUUCCUAGGAGAUCACUUCUUAGCCUAAAUGACGUUGGACUUACAUGCUUCCGCGAUUUGGUUUAUCGAGAGAUAAAUGUUAAUGCCAGAGUUACCGUAAUUGGUCUUGUUGAUAAAGAACGUGCUGGAGAGCAGAUUGACAGGGCACUAGUGAAGAAUGUGAUAGAUGUAUUUGUUGGAAUUGGAAUGGGACAAAUGAAUACUUAUCAGGAGGACUUUGAGGAACACAUGCUGAGACAUGCUGGUGAAUACUAUACUCGUAAAGCAUCAAGUUGGCUUUUGGAGGAUUUUUGUUUUGAUCACUUGGUGAAGGCUGAGGAAUGCUUGAGAAGGGAGAGGGCUAGAGUUUCUCAUUACAUGCAUUCAAGCAGUGAGCAAAAGCUGGUGGAAAAAGUGCAACAGGAGUUGUUUGAACCUCUUGCUAAUGUAUUUAAACAGAAAGUUAGCGCUGAAGUUAAAACCCUGGUCCAACAGGCUGAAUAUGCAGCAAACAACCAGGCUUCUGAUAGAGCUUCUGGCAUGCUGGAACAGGUCCUUGUCACAAAAAUGAUCGAGCUUCAUGAUAAGUAUAUGGCACAUUUCGAAGAUUUCUUAAUAAAAAACUCUAUCUUUCACAAGGCUCUGAGAGAGGCGUUUGAUGGAUUUUGCAAUAAAUCUGUUUCCGGGAAUUCAAGUGCUCAAUUACUUGCUGCAUUCUGUGAUGAUAUCCUCAAAAAGGGUGGGAGCCAGAAGUUGAGCGAUGAUGCCAUAGAAGGAAUGCUUGAAAAGGUUGUUAACUUGCUUGCUUAUAUCAGUGACAAAGACCUUUUUGCAGAAUUCUACAGGAAAAAACUUUCUCGCCGGCUACUUUUUGAUCAGAGUGCCAACAAGGAACAUGAAAAAAGUAUUCUAACAAAGAUGAAACAGCAAUUUGGUGGACAGUUCACCUCAAAGAUGGAGGGAAUGGUCACAGAUUUGACAUUGGCUCGGGACAAUGAGACCAGCUUUGAGGAGUAUCUUCACAGUAACACAAAUGUAAAUCCUGGGAUGGAUUUGACCGUCACCGUUCUUACAACUGGUUUCUGGCCAAGUUAUAAAUCAUGUGAUCUUAGCCUACCUGCAGAAAUGGUGAAAUGUGUUGAAGUCUUCAAGGGAUUCUAUGAAACGAAGACGAAAUGCAGAAAAAUUAAAUGGAUUUACUCAUUGGGCACUUGCAACAUUAUUGGCAAGUUCGAGCCAAAAGAAAUCGAAUUGGUUGUGUCAACCUAUCAGGCCGCUCUCCUGCUACUUUUCAAUAGCGCUGAUAAAUUGAGCUAUUCAGAAAUACUAGGUAAGUUAAACCUUACCCAUGACGCAGCUGUUCGAAUCCUUCAUUCGCUUUCAUGUGCCAAGUACAAGAUCCUUAUUAAGGAGCCUAAUGCAAAGACUAUCUCGCCAAAUGACGACUUUGAGUUCAACUCCAAAUUCACUGACAGAAUGAGAAGAAUUAAGAUUCCUCUCCCACCAGUGGAUGAAAGGAAGGAGGUGAUCCAAGAUGUUGACAGAUUCAGGCGAUAUGCUAUUGAUGCUGCAAUCGUGCGGAUUAUGAAGAGUCGGAAGGUUUUGGGUCAUCAGCAAUUAGUUAUGGAGUGUGUUGAGCAGUUAAGACAUAAAUUCAAGCCUGACAUGAGAGCAAUUAAGAAGCAGAUUGAAGAUCUCAUCGUCCGUGACUACCUGGAGAGGGACAAGGAAAAUCAUAACAUGUUCAAGUAUCUUGCAUGAUUCAAGUGUUGGACUCUUCAUAUAACUUCUUGCUAUGUGCUGGAACCAGUAGAAGUACAUGAAUUAUAAUUUGUUUUA